AUGCAGUUCUUCUACCUCGUCACCCUCGGCCUCAUGAGCACCGCUUACGCCCUAAACCCCCAAGCCAACGCGGCCCGCGCCAUGCCAAUCGAGGAACUAGGCCCUAUCGAGAAACAUGAUUAUAUCAUGCCAAAGGUUGCCCCCGGCUCUGGAGCCUUCAAAUCUGCCCGGGCCUACGACCACGCAACUCCCUCUAUGACUCCCGUGGCAAGCCCUUCGUCCACCAUCCCUACCUCGACUCCCGUCGCAUCGGCCUUCCCCACUGAGAUCCGUGUCGCCAAGGAGCCCAUUCCUGUUCGCGCAGCUGUCAGACAGUACUACCAGGACUACCGCCAAUGGCAGGCUGCUACUGGCCAGGAAAAGACAAGGCUCCAGGCUAAGGUCCAGGAUGAUCUUCUGUCUAUUCGGAGCAUUAAGGCUGCUGUUGAGCGUAAGAAGGCUAGUGCCAGUGCCAGUGCUAGCGCUUCUGCUAGUGCCACCCCGACUCCCAAGCGCCGUUAA